CCAUAAACUGAUUUGAGUGUUGUCAUGGAUUCAAUCAUAGUCACACCAUUACAAUGUCCCCAAAGCUACCUUCACAUCUAUUCCCUUACCUCAUCUUACUAACUCUUGCAUCCAUUUAUCUCUUCUCUUCAUUCAUCUCUCUCCACACACCCUCUUCUUCAUCCUCACAAUCCCUCGCACUCUCCAACUGCAACUUCUUCAAAGGCAACUGGGUUUUCGAUCCAAAUCAUACCCCACUCUACGACGAAACAUGUCCCUUCCACCGAAACGCAUGGAACUGCAUCAGAAACCAGAGGGAAAAUCUGAGCUUGAUCAAUUCUUGGAAAUGGGUUCCACGUGGCUGCGAUUUGCCUCGGAUCGACCCGUUUCGGUUUCUGGGUGUGAUGAGAAAUAAGAAUGUUGGGUUUGUUGGGGAUUCGCUCAAUGAGAAUUUCUUGGUUUCGUUUUUGUGUAUUCUUAGGGUUGCUGAUGAGGGUGCACGGAAGUGGAAAAAGAAGGGUGCUUGGAGAGGUGCUUAUUUUCCCAAAUUCAAUGUCACUGUUGCUUAUCAUCGUGCAGUUUUGCUCUCCAAAUACCAGUGGCAGCCAAAGCAAUCCGAAGGUGGGAUACAAGAUGGAUCAGAAGGUAUUAAUCGAGUUGACGUUGAUGUUCCUGCAGAUGAAUGGGCUAAGAUUGCAGGUUUCUAUGAUGUCCUGCUGUUUAAUACUGGUCACUGGUGGAAUUUUGACAAAUUCCCAAAGGAGAAGCCUCUUGUCUUCUAUAAAGAAGCAAAACCAAUAGUUCCUCCACCUGAGAUGUUGGAUGGACUUAAAAUUGUUCUUGAUAACAUGGUCGCAUACAUAGAAAAAGAAUUUCCUAGAAACUCACUUAAGUUCUGGCGUUUAAUAUCCCCAAGACACUUUUAUGGUGGAGAUUGGAAUCAAAACGGUAGCUGCUUGUUCAACAAGCCACUUGAAGAGAAUGAGCUUGACUUGUGGUUUGAACCCAGGAAUAACGGAGUUAACAAGGAAGCAAGACAGAUGAAUUUUGUGAUUCAAAAGGUAUUACAAGGCACAAACAUCCAAUUAGUUGACUUUACACAUUUAAGCGAGUUUAGAGCUGAUGCUCAUCCAGCGAUAUGGCUAGGAAAGAAAGAUGCAGUUGCAAUUUGGGGCCAGGAUUGCUUGCAUUGGUGUCUUCCAGGUCUUCCUGACACAUGGGUUGAUAUUUUAUCUCAACUGAUCCUUGAUGGUCUUGGAAGAACUGGUAGGUUGUAAGAAAUGGAGAGGUUAUCAAAUUAGUCGUGCAUAUCAUACCAUACAUUGAAAAUUUCCACGAGAGAGGUUGAGGGCAUGCUGCCAUGUGGUGGGACCCAUAUAUGAGAAUCAUGAGCUGUGCAACAAAUGUCAAAGGCUGGUGUUGAUUGGAAGAAAAGCUUUGCUCUUUGAUUUUUGAGGGUAGAAGCCACCCACUAAUUUGACUUUGCAGUUGAUUUCUUCUUAGGGCCUUUGUCAAAUAUUAGCAUUUAAUUAUUUCAUUCAACUAUUAUUAUUGUAUUGGGGAAUCUUUUGUUCAAAAUUUUGAUAUUUA